AGAGGGGCGGGAUGGGCGGAACGGAUGAAUGUUUAUAAAACGCGAGGCUGUCGCGGGAGAAACAGGCUGUCAAAAUAAAAAAAAAAAUAGUAAAGAAAGAAAAAGAGAAGAUUGAAAGAGUGAUCGUAGAACAUAGUCCACAUGCUGAAGCAUCGCGACGCGACGCCCUAGGAGCCCGACAUGUCUUCUCCUAAGGGAACGAAUCAGUUUGAAACCUCGACGCGCGACUCCGAUGGCGAGGAAAGCAGAGCGCAGGACGCGCCGCUGAGCGUGGAGGACAAAAGCAAAGCCAGUCGUCACCCGUUCAGCGUCGAGUCGCUCAUGUCCAAGAAGAGCACCUGCAGGAGCACGUAUUCUCCUCCUGCGCCUUUCCCAGAACAUCUGGGUCAGUAUUCUCACAGGACUUACUUCCAACAGAAAAGUCAAGUUUCAGCUGAAACCUUUCCCCAUGUGUCGGACUGCGUGAACGACGAGAGCGAAGACUCUAGUGACAAGGAGCAGAGCACUUGGCUGAAGAGCCCAACUUUCUCAUCACCGCAGAGAGCUACAAGUCCUCCGUCGACGUGCCACCUGCGCAAGCACAAGACCAACCGUAAGCCGCGCACCCCGUUCACCACGGCGCAGCUGCUGGCGUUGGAGCGGAAGUUCCGCCAGAAACAGUACCUGUCGAUCGCAGAGCGCGCCGAGUUCUCCAGCUCUCUGAGCCUCACCGAGACCCAGGUGAAGAUCUGGUUCCAGAACAGACGCGCCAAGGCCAAACGGCUGCACGAAGCCGAGCUGGAGAAACUGAAGCUGGCUGCUAAACCUGCACUGCCCGCCGCCCUGGCUUUGCCCUUCUCUCUCGCUGCACACGCGCCUCCAUCUAUGUACGGCGCCGCCGCGUCCGGGCUGCCGCGCCCGAGCCUCGCCGUGCCCGCGCUGUUCGGCUCGCCUUAUGGAAUGUAUUACCUAUCUUAAUAAUAACACCACCAACAAGAACUUCUUGGUUCCAUCGUGCCUCUUUGUUUUAAAGACUCUAAUGUGCAGUUGCAAUAACUUUUGACAAAAAAAAAAGACUCCAAUACCUCUUAUUGCUGCCUCCAGUUUUUUGCAUUUGGAGCUAUGGAGAUGUUUUUUUUGUUUGUUUGUUUUUGUUUUUAAAGCCAUCUCCUCGAUUACUGGCUCGUAGCCUUAAAACAAAUGUGCCAGAAAUGUGUGAUAAAUGCAACGAUGAUAUGUGUGUGUAUAUAUGUAUACAUGCUCUUGUGGAGCAGCUUCGUCUAAAAUUGAUCCAUACAUUGCGAUGUUUAAAUAAUCUCUGGGGGUUUGUCCGUCAUAUGACGAGAAGUACUUACUGGCCUAAUCUUUAAAAAGUGCCUUGAAAGACCAAAUAUUUAUUAGUCAAUAAAGAGUAUUCUUUUUAACAGUUACAUUUUUCUCUUUCUUUUCGCUGUGGGUUGUUUAUGGCGCACGUUCCAAAAAAAAAAAAACGAAUUAUGUAACCAGAUGUUUCUUAGUAAUUUCCUGUUUAUUAGAAAUCCUUUAUAUUCUAUACAAUUACUGAAUUCGUAAAAUACUAACAUGUUCGUUUUGUGACUCCUGUUUCCACAUACAUUCCCAAUUUUACAUUAAACUGGGAUUUUUACAUAUAAACCUUUUAAUGCAAUUGGAUUUCAUUGAGCGUAAAAUGCGAUAAGGAGUAAAAACUAAUGCGCACUACAUCAGGUUCACCUCAAGCUGACUUCUCCUUUAUUUAAUUACUCGUGCAGAUACAUUUAUAUCAGUAGAACAUCUUGAAUAAUUUAUUAAUCAUUUUACAAAUUUUAGGAAGUUUCCUGCGCUCUCGCUCGGAUGUGUGUGUGUGUGUGUGUGUGUGUGUGUGUGUGUGUGUAAUAACCAGGCAGCAAUAAACCUUACAUCUUUGCAUUUAUGCAGGCUUACUGUAUAGUGUUCGUGUAGAAUCUCACUGAAGAGGAAAGCUUUACGCAUUAUUUACUUCUCAUGCGCGUAAUAAACAUGGUGCUGAGCAUCACUUCAGAUGAACCUUUCUUCCAUCUUUCAAUAGAGUUUCAAUAUAAUUGUGAUUUUGUAAACAGUGCGUUUAAGAUACAUAAAGAUUUCUAUCAGCACAGUGUCAAAUAAUUGGUCUCCUGUGAAAUGAAUAGAUACCAAAAACCAUCUGGUGAUUGGAAAUUGAA